AUGGCAUCCGGCAGCGACACGCCUGAGCUCGGAGGCGAGCCAUCUCGGCCUCCCCUGCAGACUCCUCAGCCUCCUCAGAACCCUCAAUAUGACUUUUCUUACUUGUAUCGGGAGACUCCCAAGCAGCAGACCCCCGAUGAACGGGCUCCAAAUCUCAGGGAGAAGAUCUUUGCCGUCAUCGGAUAUGCAUCAUGCCUGCUCACAGGCAUGAUGCACGUUGAGUAUAUCCUACAAGCCUUCCACGUCGUUCCAAGGUCUCUGCAUAAUACACACUGGGAAGAGUAUAGCUGCUUUCGGGAUGCCAUCGGCAUCGUCGGCGUUGACGGUAAACGGGUUCUCAAUCUGAACAACAGCAGAAACGUGGACAUGGCCAGCAGCGGCUUACACAAGUUCUUCGAUGGCCCAUCUGUGCUCAAGGACAAACUCGGCCAAGGGGAAUUCGCUCUUCUUCCCGCGAAUUUGGAACAGGAGGUCGACUAUAUCACAGCGCCCGAAAAUCAAGGAAAGGAUUACGAAGAGCUUUACCCCGAUGUGGCCCACAAGCUCGCCGUAUACGGAUUCUCCAACAAGCACAAGUUCUCUUGGGGGCGGUAUCCGAGCCCCGAUCGCACGUACGAACACUUAGAUCCGGAGAAGCGGACGCUACUCGAGGACUACGUGGAUUCGUUGCUGGCCAAGAUUGAUAUACACGGCUUGAAGGAAUCUAUGAAGCGGAAGGGCGUAUACAUCGGUUCUUUCGCUCCACCGCCCACCAGUGACGCCGAUCCAACCAUCCAUAUUCUGCGUGCUGGCCGUAACUACACGGUAGUCAGUCACAUCAACCCGGUCUUCGCGAUUUACGACUACCUCCUCAAGAUGAAGUUCCGAGUAUAUGACAAGGCGAGCGAUCCCUCUUACAUCAAGGAUAUUCCCCCCGAAGACGUCGACUACUUCCGAAAUGUUAUGUGGCCUAAACUCCAGCACUGGGUGAUUCCGCGGGACGACGCACAUAGACUCGCCAUCGCGCAGAGCAAGAGGCAACACCCCAUGAAGCUUCGGAAGACGACCAAGAAGGCCGCGACCGCCGGCGCUGGCACCGGUGGCGCUCCUGCCCCCCGUAUGGCGCCUCCCCUCGCUCAGCGCGCAGUCACGCACGACGGUUUGGUCCCGACUUCGCCACUCACGCCACUCUCAUCCUCGCCGACUCCCGCGGAACGUACUACGACGCAUUCUCCGGCAGCUGGGGCACAGUCGUCGAUCAUGGGAACUCUUACUUCAGCAGCGAUGACUCCGUCUUCCCCGGUGGACGACCCCGAGGGCGAUGCAGCUUCGUUCGAUCCAGGACAGCCAAUGACAGUCCGAAUCACCUCGUCUAAUCCCUGCUACUCGGACCCUCCCGACUACGACUUCGACGACGGCGCCCCGGAAGACGACGCCCUCGGGGACCUCGAGGAAGAUGAGCACUCCGAUGACGAGGGCAACGAGCCCGAAGACUAUGAGAAUUUCUUUGACGAAGAAGUGCCGUCUGCUUCUACUCCGACCGCGUCUGCGGGUAGCACACACGAGGAAACAACGCCGACGCCUGCUCAGAUUUCCCGCGAGCUCAGCACCGCCUCUGUGACUGAAGCCUUAGCCGACUUCGCUCUCUCGGGGGACCCACUCAAUGCGAACACGCCUCAGCCAGAUCCCGCGCAUGAACCCCCGGUUACGUCUACCUCGUCGAUCUCAGGUUCCACUCCACCUGACGAGGAGGAACCUUCGAAGGAUGUACAUCAGGGUGAUACGGUGUCCGCUGCUCCGCCCAUGACCGCGAUGACUCCUCAAGCUACUCAGGCUACGUCUACACCCGGCAACAAUUCGUCUCAAGACGCGCCUCCGCCGCCCGACACCACCGGCGGUCCUGAGAUUCAGAAGCGGCCAGCGACGCGCAGGCGCACACGGGCAGCCGCUCGCGCCAGCCCAACACAGAAUGCGAAUGCGACGGCAGCCGUCCAGCCACCCGCGGCGUCUACCAGUACCAGUGCGCCCUCCGAUCCGCCCGCUCGAAACUUGCGCUCUCGCGGGAAGCAGACCAAGCGUGAACGCGACGAUGAUGAGGAAGAUGACGGCGACGACGCACCCGAGCCUCCCAAGGCAAAGAGGGCGAGGAAGACUAAGCCGAAGCCGAAGACGAAGGAUAUGGCGCCUGUUAAGAACAAGGGCAAGAAGAAGGAUGAUCCUGACCCCUCCGACGACGACGAAGGGCCGCAGGCAGGGCCUUCAAAGAAGGGUAAGGGUAAGGGCCGGGCCUAGUAAUAUCGCACCAAUUCGUUCCUUUCUUUCUCCCACUCC